AUGUCCGACAACGACGAGCGCUCGUGCUCGAGCUCCGAGAGUGAUGGCGAAGAUGUCACCACCACCGGACUCAUCGCCACACGUGCGAAGCGAUCCACAGCAGGAAAUCUUUACGCGACUUUGCGCCAGAACCUCGACGACGAAGAACUACAGAAGGAACUACUCGCCGAAGAAGAGGAGGACGUCGGAGAUUAUGAGGGUACAGACAAGGAUGACGACGAUGAUGCAGCGAUGGACUCGUCCAGCGACGAUGAAGAAGAUGCCGGACCGCCAAAGGAGGGGGAGGUGGAGGAUCUGGAGGGCGAGAAACAGUUGAAGAAAGCCGAGCGAGAGGCAGCAAGGAAGAAGCGAAAGAUGGAUGAAGCAAAGAUGCGAUUGCCCGCAUGGCAGAAGAAGAAGAAGGUUAAAUUGGCGGACGAUGCAAAGACCGACGAUGGGAGCGCUCCUAAACCCAAGAAGAAGAGCGAGCGGUCGAAUUGGUUGCCCACAGCUGCCGACCUUCCUUCAAGACAGUCGACUCGUACAUCGGCGGUCGAGUUCCGGACCCACGUGCAUGAGAAUCUCAAGCUGUCGAAUGUGAGAUCCGAGAAUCAGAAGAAGGUCAUGGCGAACCAUAUCCAGAAAUCCAAGGCGAACAAGCGUGCGGAUCUGACGCAGGAAGAACGGUUUGCCAAGGCUGCGAGGAUCGAGAAAGAGACCGCGAGGGAAUUUGGGAGAUGGGAACGAGAAGAAGCUGAGAGACAACGCAUACGAGAGGAGCAAUUGGCGGCGAAGCGAAGGCGCACUAUCGAGGGACCGGUGAUUAGGUUCUGGAGCGGGAGUGUUAUCUGGGAGGGCGAUAAGAUCAAAGUCAAGCGUGUACAUCAAAAUGGGAAGGUGGAGGAGGUGAAGGAGGAAGAAGAGGCCAAACUUGCGAAGGCCGCGACUGAGAUGAAUGGGAAGGACGAAGAGAAAGGAAACCGAAAGGACGAAGACGGAGAUAUCGCAAUGGUCAACCCUGAACUGGAUAAGCACGGUAACGCUGGGGAGACGGAUAAUACUGCUGUAAAAGCACCAGUCGCUAUCGCCGAUUCGAAGCCUCCAAUGCCCGAAGGCGACGCUGCAGAGUCGAAGCCAGAGCUGGCGUCGACGACGACGACGGACGCAGCGACAGCUGAUGUUAGGUCCCCUCUUCCCGCAGAGCAACCUCAACAGGCUUCAGCAGCAUUACAGCCGCCAGAUGCCAAUCAGCCUCAGGCAUCGUGGCUGGACGGGAUUCAUGCAUACGCCGCUCAGUCAGAAUCGACGACUCCAUCGUCCCAGCUACAGGUUACGGCCCCGUCACAGCCUGAUAGUGUGAAUGUAUAUCUACCGAGCGCGCCGUCCGUCACAACGGGACUUUCAUCGGCACAACAUACACCCUUCACACCUCAGAAUGCUCUGGAAUCUAAUCAAACAGGGCAGAUGACCUCUCAAAACCACCAGGGCUGGCCGAGCGUUCCGCUGCAACCGACAUUCCAGCAGUUCCAACUUUCGCAGCAACCAACCGCUCCCCCGCCACCUCCUGAGCCUCUUCUCCGCGAACACGCCCAACGCUCCCUUCUCAUCCUUUCCCAAUUCCCGUCCCUCGCACCACCAACCACAAGCCGCGGCAAAUCCGGUCCCAAAGUUAAAGAAACGCCCCUCGACUCGACACCUCUAUCAGAGACACUGAUUCCCGGCUCACAUCCUCCGUUCAACCCCGAGGAUGCUCGAUAUCUUCUCACCAAACUCCGCAAGAAGGCCACUGUCGUGGACACCCGCACUGGUGAACUAUCUCAGCUUCCUCCAGCUCCGCCUAAGGCUGUCUGUGCGUUGACGUCUUGGCCUGCGAAGUUCAAGGAUCCGAGGACUGGGCUACCGUAUGCGGAUUUGCCGACGUACAAGAUGAUCAAACGGAUGUUGGCGGGUGGAUGUGCUUGGAGUGGUACGCUGGGCGCGUGGGUUGGGCCCAGGUAUGGUGAGAUGGGGAGGCCGGCGAAGGGUGUACCGCAUGGCUUUGGUGAGGCCAGACCGCGUGUCGUGACAAUGGCUGAGGGUGGUACAGAUGACGGGUUGAAGAUGGAGGUUGACGGCUGA